GAACUAUUCGCGCAACUUUUGGCGCGAAGUGUUUGACAGCUGAGAGAAAGGUUAAAGUCAACAAGUUGCUUCUCGUGAUAACUUACUUCGCUCUUAUUUAUUGUACCGUAAUAAGAUCGUAAAAGGAUCGUCCGUCGGCUUCAAUCGAGACGAUGAAGUGCAUCACUCCUGAAAUUUCGUGGCAUAAUCGCGAUCCGGUGCUGAGCGUUGACAUACAGAACGGUUCAUACAAAAAUAGGGAAGGACAAACGUUUUGGAGAAUCGCUACCGGAGGAGCGGAUUAUCACGUUUUGAUUUGGCACAUAACAAUAACGGAAUGCAACGGUGUCACUGUGAACUAUGUAGCAGACUUGGAACGUCAUCAGAAGGCAGUAAACGUGGUGAGGUUUUCCCAGUCCAAAAAGAUCUUAGCAUCGGGAGACGAUGAAUCUGUUAUUAUCCUGUGGAAAUUGAAAGAAGGACAUGACUAUUCUCUACCUUCAGACACUGAAAAUAAGGAACAAUGGGCUUCUUGGAAAGUACUGAAGGGCCAUAUCGAAGAUAUUUACGACAUCAGCUGGUCGCCAGACUCUAAUUUCCUAGUUUCUGGUUCUGUGGAUAACACUGCUAUACUGUGGGACGUUAAGAAGGGCCGUAAUAUCGCGAUAUUAUCAGAUCAUAAAGGCUUUGUGCAAGGAGUCUCUUGGGACCCUUGCAAUCAAUAUGUGUGUACUAUUAGCACAGACAGGCAGUGCCGUUUAAUAGACAUCGCCAAGAAGAAGGUCGUUCAGCGUGUUCAUAAGUCCAAAAUCCCAACGCCGCCGGGCCAUCCGUUGGAAGGGAAGGUCGUCCGUUUGUUUCACGACGACACGUUCAAAUCUUUCUUCCGCAGGCUAACUUUCACCAUAGACGGCUCACUGAUUAUCGUGCCAUCCGGAAUAAUCGAGCCGCAGGAGACCACCGGCAGCAUAUCGAACGCGACGAUCGUCUUUUCCAGGCAAAAUAUGAAAGAGCCGUUAAUGAUCCUGCCCACUCAGGACGAAUGUACCAUAGCUGUACGAUGUUGUCCCGUGUACUUUGAGCUGCGCAAGGACGGCCCGGUUUCCGUGAUAGCGCUGCCUUACAGGAUGGUGUUCGCCGUUGCGACACAGGACUCCGUGUUGUUUUACGACACGCAACAAACCUGGCCGAUCGCCAUGGUAUCGAACAUUCAUUACGGUAGAUUAAACGACAUUUCGUGGUCCAGCGACGGACGAAUCGUAAUCGUAUCCUCGAGCGACGGCUACUGUUCCGUGAUACACUUCGACGAGAAUGAAUUGGGCCAGAUUCACACGGUGAAAGAGCCUGUGAAUCCGCCGAAGGAGAUGCCGAAGAGCUCCGGCAAGAAAUCUACGAGCGUUAAAGGCAAAAAUAGAGGGGUCUCGGCGAUCGACGUUGACGAGAGCGCGAUGGACAUCGAUAUCGCGCGGUUCAACGUCGCUAGAGCGAACGAUCCUCGUCCCGAGAAGAAACCGGCCGAGAAGAAGAAGAAGAAGUCGUCGGAAGACAAGAUCGUUCGGAAUCACGGGCGCGGCGACACGGAGAAAAACAGCAAGCCGUCGACGGAGAAGACAGUGAACAAGUCGAGCGAGGAAACCGCCGGGGAAGAGACGGAAGAUAUCAAGUUGGUGUAUCACGAGGACAGCACCGACGAUGCGGCCAAGUAUGCCAAGAAAGCUGCCCCUGUGACGGCCACCGUCGUCGCACCGAUCAAGUGCAACAAAGCACCGAGACGAGUGCAACUGAUAACCCUGUCGAGCCCGAGGGAGCUGAAGAAACAACAAUAGCUCGUUGCGAAGAAGCAGAUGGAUCUCUUCCGAGACUCGUUGUUGCGGGGACGGUUUCGCAAGCUCUUUUCGCCAACGAACCGUCCGCCGGGUUUUUUUUUGUAGCCGCCGUUUACAACUGUUUUUAUUAUAAUUAAGAAUACACCAGGGGGAGGAGUUGCGAGAGAGCGUCUCGACGACGUUAUUGUAUAAUACAGAGAAUCGUGGAUAUAUAUUCCGAGCUGUAAAUUGCACACACGUGUAGUUUCCUUCUUCAUACAUAAGCUACUU